UCGUGUAUUACCAUAUACAUGUAUAUGUGACAUCCGUGUCAAAGAGAGCCUCAAUUGUUUUGAUUUUUUCGCCCAAAACUCUUCGUGCCUAGUUUAUCGCCAAUUUCGAAACGGUCCUUGGGAAACUCGCGGCCUUUCGUGCAGCCAGGCCUCGUGUUCGGAAAAGUUUUCGGGUCUGUAACGGGCCAGUUAGCCUAUAUACCCCGUGGCCCCGUAUUAUAUUAUAUACACUCUCUCAUUGUGUACAUAUGUAUGUAAUGCGUGUACAUGUAUAGAAAAGAGAGUCUUCCGUGUGUCAUUGCUCUCUUUGUUGUCUUUCAAUUUUUUUGUGUAUUUUUGCGCACGAUCUCGCUGAUAGCUGUUGCUGCAUCUGCGGUUUUGUGAAAUUUGUUUCGAUUCGUAUAGCGUUGACAAUCGUUUCCCGUGGUUCAUGUUCAAGCUUGGAAUAUGUUACAGCUACUGCGAGUACAGUCGGCCGAGGGCACCAAAAGAAUCGAGGUAAAACCCGACGAGACUAUAGCUCAACUUUUUGAAAAGGUUCAUGAUGCCUUUGAUUUGAGGAGUUUUGGAUUUGGACUCUUUAAAGAGAGAAAUCAUAAAGGUGAAAUUGUGUCUUCUAAAAGCAAUACAAUUAAAGAUGCUGGAUUGAAGCAUGGAGAUUUAUUGUACAUGGCUCCAGUUAAUGGAGCAAUUCUGUGGGAAACAUCUUCUAGUAACAUCCCCAAUGAUAUUUAUGAAUCUAUGAUUGUGUCUCCAAGUACAAGCAAAGGCAUGCCUAGACAAAUUAUCACUCAUACAGUCAAAUCUAGUGAUAAAAAUGAAGAUGAAGUUGACCAAUUACUUUGGAAACAAGAUGGUAAAAUACAAAGGAAGAAAGAUGACAGAUUUUGUCGUCAUGGUGCAAAUGCUUGCUGUGUGCACUGUUCACCUCUAGAACCGUUUGAUGAAGCAUAUCUCAAGGAACAGAAUAUAAAACAUAUGUCAUUUCACACUUACCUAAGAAAAAUGACAGCAGGUGUAGAUAGGGGAAAAUUUUUACAAUUAGAGGAUAUUAAUUGUAGCAUAAGAAAUGGUUGCAAAGAUCAUCCACCAUGGCCAAAAGGUAUUUGCAGCAAGUGCCAGCCAAAUGCAAUAACUCUCAACAGACAGCCUUAUAGACACGUUGAUAAUGUAAUGUUUGAAAAUACCAAUUUAGUAGAACGAUUUUUGAAUUAUUGGAGAAUAACAGGGCAUCAGCGUAUUGGUUAUUUAUAUGGUAGAUAUGAAAUUCACUCUGACGUACCUUUAGGUAUAAGAGCAGUAGUAGCAGCAAUUUAUGAACCGCCACAAGAAAGUACCAGGGACAACAUUGUUCUUUUAGCUGAUGAAAGAGAGAGUUUGGUGGAUGACUUGGCUCGAUCUUUAAAUUUGCAAAAAGUUGGUUGGAUUUUUACAGAUUUAAUUGCUGAUGACAUAAAGAAAGGAACAGUUAAACAUGUAAGAAAUAUUGAUAGCCACUUUUUAUCCGCACAAGAAUGUAUAAUGGCUGGUCAUAUACAGAAUCAACUUCCAAACCCUUGUCGCUUUUCACCAAAUGGUUAUUUUGGCUCAAAAGCUGUGACUGUAUGUGUUACAGGUGAUAAUAAAAACCAAGUGCAUAUGGAAGGCUAUCAAGUUACUUCCCAAUGUAUGGCGUUAGUUCGAGACGGUAUUUUAAUACCGACAAAAGAUGCCCCUGAAUUGGGUUACGUUCGUGAAUCUUCAAAUAAGCAAUAUGUUCCAGAUGUGUAUUACAAGGAAAAAGACUCUUAUGGGAACGAGGUGUCGAGACUUGCGAGACCCUUACCCGUGGAAUAUUUGUUGGUCGAUGUGCCUGCAUCAACGCCGCUCACUCCGCAGUAUACUUUCUAUGCCAACGAGAAAAUCACCCCUUUUCCCGUGGAACACAGAUUGGUCGAUGGACAAAUUCAAGAGUUCAAUGUCCUGGCUACUUAUUUGCAACAGUUCACUCCUGAAAAGUUUUUGGAAGCUGUUUCAGAUUUCCAUUUUCUCAUUUACAUUGCAGGCAUGGAUAUGCUUCCAUUGAAGAGUCAUAUGGGUCCUUUAUUAGAUGCUAUUCGUACUCAAAAUCGUCGAAAGGCCAAUGAAUGGGCCCGUUCUGCACACUGGGCUACAGUGGAGGAAUUGAUUUCUGCUACAACUAUGAGUUCGCAACCAACUACUCGCAAUGCAACAUUUGGAAAUAUUCCAGCCGGCUCUGCAGCAGAUGAGGCAGGAAUAAAUGUUGAAUCAGGAACUAAUGACAGUUCCAGUAAUGAAAUUUCUCUGUGGACAUGUACAUAUUGUACUUUCCUUAAUCCUGCUGAAAUCAACAACUGUGAAAUGUGCAGUUUACCAAGAAUGUAAAUGUAAAUUUUCAAAUUAUUGGAGACAAGAGAUCCUCUAACAGCACACAAGACUAAUAUAAAGUCUAUUGUUGACUGAUCAUGCUGUUCUUAAGCACUCUUAUUCACAUUUUUAUUAACGGUAUAUGAGAAAAAUAAAAUUGUGAUAAAGAAUCAAAGUCAUCGUAAAAUCAGCAGCAAGGUUUUGUAAAACCUUGAUUUGUAAUUACAGUUAUAUGCAGUGAAUGUUUUUGCAGUAAAUAAGAGUGAUUUUUGUCAUCUUUUCACUAACUUACAUAUUUAGAGAAAAUUAAUUAAUGAAAGAAGUUCAUUUAAGUGUAAUAAUAAAAGAAGCAUCAGAUU